AUGACCAUCUAUCUGCCAAAUGACGUACAGCAGGACGGCAACAGAUUCAGCGUGGUGAUUUUCUACAGCACAUCUCCAGACGCCACUGCCCUUCAAUGGAUGAGGAAGGAACAAACUGCUGAUAAAAAGGCACCGUAUUUGUUCUCACAGUGCCAAGCUAUCCAUGCACGAUCAAUUGUUCCCUGUAUGGACACGCCUUCCGUGAAAUCGACCUACGAAGCUCAGGUGACAGUACCAGCUGGGCUCACUUGCCUGAUGAGCGCGAUUGGCGAAGGAUCUAAGGGUGACGACGAGCACACCACAUUCUUCUUCAAACAACCCGUCGCCAUUCCCUCUUACUUGAUUGCCAUCGUUGUUGGGCCAUCCGUCGUGGACAAAGCACACUGGGAAUUUGCGGAAACUGAGGAUAUACUCGCUUGUGCUGAGGAUAUCUGCGGCAAGUACAUCUGGGGAAGGUAUGAUAUGGUUUGUCUACCACCAUCGUUUCCUUUUGGUGGAAUGGAGAACCCGUGUCUCACUUUUCUCACACCAACUCUUAUCGCUGGUGAUCGUUCGCUGGUGAGCGUGAUUGCACAUGAAAUAGCGCAUAGUUGGUCAGGAAAUCUCGUGACAAACAGCAGCUGGGAACAUUUUUGGUAA